AAAUAUACAUCUCCCACCAUUACGGUACGGUGAAGGUUUGUGUUGGGUAUAGAAAUUGCUGAGACUGAGGUCUGGUCGGUCGGUGAGCAUCAGUUUCGUUUCAGCAGUUGGUGGUGUAGUUAGCAAUUUACAUCAUGGUGCUGGUCGGUGUGAUAUUGCUGGGCGUGGUGUUGCUACUUUCGAUAGCUUACCUAUUCCUGCGCGAAAGACAUAGCUACUGGCGCAAGAGAGGCUUCCCUUGCAAGCCUAACCCGAGCUUGUUGUUUGGUCAAAUGCAAGGAAACGGCAGUACCAAACAUGCGGCGUAUGUCACGCAGGAAAUCUACAAUUAUGCUAAAGAACGUGGAGAACGCUUCGUAGGGUAUAGCUAUUUCUUUAUGCCCCUAGUGAUGGUGUGUGAUAUAGAGCUGGUGAAAACGAUUCUGGUGAAAGAAUUUAGUGUGUUUCAUGAUCGCGGUAUGUACAGCAACGCCCGUACCGAUCCACUGUCCGGCAAUCUUUUUGCGCUGGAGGGACACGAAUGGCGCGAGAUGCGCCAGAAGCUUACGCCAACAUUUACCUCCGGUAGAAUGAAGCAAAUGUUUGGCACAAUGCUGCAGGUUGCGGCAGAGCUGCGUAAGCACAUGCUCACAAACAUCGAUCGCGACAUGGAGAUGAAGGAUGUGCUGGCACGGUUUACCACCGACGUGAUUGGUACGUGUGCAUUCGGGAUUGAGUGUAAUACGCUCGAUAAUCCGGACUCGGAAUUCCUCAAGUACGGUAAAAGGGUUUUCGAGCACAGACUGUUUGCAGUGGUGAAAAUGACAUUCGCGAUGCUGUUCAGGAACACGGCAACGAAGCUGGGCAUUAAGGUAACGGACGCUGACCUGGAGAGGUUCUUCCUGAAUCUCGUCCAUGAAACGGUGGACUAUCGCGAACGCAACGAUGUGCAGCGGAACGAUUUUCUGAACCUGUUGUUGGAGAUCAAAAACAAAGGUAGUUUUGUGGAACAGGAAGAAGGUCACACUGCGCCGAAUGCUCUGGGCAUGACGAUGAAUGAGCUGGCGGCUCAGGUUUUCAUCUUUUUUGUGGCCGGUUUUGAGACCUCUUCUACGGUGAUGAACUUUUGUUUGUACGAGCUUGCGAAGAAUCCCGACAUUCAGGAACGUUUGCGGGACGAACUGAACCGUGCGAUCGAAACCAACGAUGGAGAGCUGACGUAUGAGGUUGUGAUGGGACAGGAAUAUCUUGGACAGGUGGUCAAUGAAACGCUUCGCAAAUACCCACCGCUGGAGACUACAUUGCGAGUUACGGCACAGGAUUAUACAAUUCCCGGCACAGACCAUGUGAUCCCGCGUAAUGUAGGAGUUCAAGUUCCGGUAUUUGCCAUUCAUCGUGAUCCCGAACACUAUCCUGAUCCGGAAUGUUUCGAUCCGGAUCGGUUUUCGGUUGAGGAGUGCAAGAAACGUCUACCAUACACGUUUCUACCGUUCGGCGAAGGACCACGGAUGUGUAUCGGAAUGCGUUUUGGCAUGAUGCAGGUUAAAGUGGGUCUGGUGACCUUACUGCGCUCCUUUCGCUUUUUCCCAUCCGCUCAAACGCCCGAGCGGAUCGUGUUUGAUCCGAAAUCAUUUAUUCUCUCUCCCACCGGAGGUAAUUAUUUGCGGGUGGAGAAAAUUUAAAGGGUAGU